UCAAGUUGAGACUCAUCUGAAACAGAAACAGGGCGUUUUGGAACACCUCAACUUUGGAGAUCAGCAAUGAAGGUUGUCGCCGCAUAUUUGCUCGCUGUGUUGGGUGGCAACACCAGCCCUUCCGCAGAUGAUUUGAAGAAUAUCCUCGGAUCAGUUGGUGCUGAUGCUGAUGAGGAUAAGAUUGAGUUGCUCCUCUCUGAAGUUAAGGGAAAAGACAUUACAGAGCUUAUUGCAUCUGGAAGGGAAAAGUUGGCUUCAGUUCCUGCUGGUGGAGGAGGUGCCGCCAUUGCCGUAGCUGCUAGUGGCGGCGGCGGCGGUGCUGGUGCUGCAGUUGCUGCAGAAGAACCAAAGAAAGAAGAAAAAGUUGAAGAGAAAGAGGAGUCUGAUGAUGACAUGGGCUUCAGUCUUUUCGACUAAGGGAUUUUCAGCUGGUCUGUAUGGUGAAACCUUUUUAUUCUAUGUCCAAGCUGUUGGUGAAUUUUAGAAAAUUUUGGGUAUUCAGAGUAGACAUGAAUGUGUUUUGUUAGAAUCUUUAUUGCUUUCCCGUUUUUGUCGUAUGACUUUUUAGAGGACGCAUAUAUGGGCGCUUUAUUGUAGUUGGAUAAAUGGAAAAAAGAAGUUCAUUAUCCUAAAUUGCUCUCAAAGCUGUUGAGAAAGAGUACAUCUUUUAUAACAAAUUACUCCAGUGAAGACUGGACCAAAUUUCAAUCCUGAGUUCA